CCUCACGAUGGCUGAAUAAAGCGUCGCGCGUUGCACAUUCCGGUAUUGAGUGUCAUUAUUUUAUUUUACUUUUUUUUUCCUUUCCACCGGAUUUGUCCUCGGUUUCAUGCCCGCGCGCAGUAUGUGAGCGCCAUGCGGGCGGCGCGGUGCCUCCUCCUGUGGGCUGCGGUCUCCGUGACAGGCUGGAGCACCGCAUCGCGGCAAUGGCGAGAGAGAGGAGGAGGGGGGAACGGCGACGGGCGCGCGCAUCGUGAAGAACAAAUCACGCGGCCGCAGCGGCUCCAGCAGCGCGCGGAUGCAGAGGGCGGCGAGCUCGCGCACGGUCGCCUGGAUACCAGAGUGAAGAGUGAGGACGCCGGCGCGCGUCACCCGGUUCAUCUCGCUCAGUUGUCAUUUCUGGUGAAGGCGUUUGGGACUUCGUUCAUUUUGGACCUGGAGCUCAACCAUGAUCUCUUGUCUUCAGACUAUGUGGAGAGACAUUUUGAUGAAGAUAGAAGACCAUUCCAUAAUCAGGGAGGAGAGCACUGUUAUUACCAUGGCACAGUAAGAGGAGCGAAGGGUUCCUGGGUCGCUCUUUCCACUUGCCAUGGCCUCUGGGGAAUGUUCUCAGAUGGCAACUUUUCCUAUGGGAUUGAACCCGUACCACACAUCGAUGAGCAGGGCCAAAAUGCUCAUGUUGUGUACAGACUGCCUGACCUUCAACUCAAUGCACCACACUGCCCCGAAUGCAAUGCGACCAGUGACCUGGACUCCGCUGUGGAUGAUGUCGUUCUUAUUUCUGCUGAGAGCGAUGGGCCCACUUUCACACACAGCCUGAGACGGGUCAAACGCCAGAUCCGGAGGCCACCGCGUACUGUUCAGACCGAGACCAAAUACAUUGAGCUGCUAGUGGUGAAUGACUAUGACCUGUUUGUGCAGAUGCGUAGGUCGACUGCGCAAACACGCAACUUUGCAAAAGCCAUCGUCAACAUGGCUGAUGCAAUUUAUAAAGAACAGCUCAACACAAGGCUGGUGCUUGUCGCUAUGGAGACGUGGUCAUCCCAGAACAUGGUUUCUGUGGGCGAUGACCCUCUGAUGACCCUGCGUGACUUUAUGAAAUACAGGAGGGAAAACAUCAAAGAGAAGAGCGAUGCUGCACAUCUGUUCUCGGGGCGCACGUUUCAGAGCAGCCGCAGUGGUACGGCGUACAUUGGGGGCAUCUGUUCUCCUACACGUGGAGGAGGAGUCAACGAGUAUGGAAACGUGGGUGUCAUGGCCAUCACACUGUGCCAGAGUUUAGGACAGAAUCUGGGCAUGAUGUGGAAUAAAGACCGCGCCACCGCAGGAGACUGUAGAUGUCCAGACCUUUGGCUUGGCUGUAUCAUGGAGGAUACGGGGUUCCACCUGCCCAGGAAGUUUGCCCGCUGCAGUGUGGAGGAAUACGUACGCUUCCUGCAGGACGGAGGAGGCAGCUGUCUGUUCAACAAACCCACGAAGUUACUGGAUCCUCCUGAAUGUGGAAACGGAUUCGUGGAGCAAGGAGAGGAGUGUGACUGCGGCUCGCAAGUGGAGUGCUCUCGAGCAGGAGGCGCAUGCUGUAAGAAGUGCACUCUUACCCAUGAUGCAAUGUGCAGUAACGGACUGUGCUGUAACAGGUGUAGGUAUGAGCAGAGAGGUGUGGUGUGUCGAGACUCUGUGAAUGAUUGCGAUAUUCCAGAAACGUGUCCUGGUGAUUCCAGUCAGUGUCCUCCUAACGUACAUAAACUGGACGGCUACAUGUGUGACGCAGGACAGGGUCGCUGUUACGGUGGUCGCUGUAAGACCAGAGACGGACAGUGUCAGGCGCUGUGGGGUCACAACUCAGCAGACCGGGUGUGUUAUGAGAGGCUGAACACUGAGGGGACAGAGAAAGGGAACUGUGGACGAGACUCCACUGGACAGGCGUGGAUCCAGUGCAGCAAACCUGAUGUACUGUGUGGGUUUCUCUUGUGCUCUAACAUGACCAUGAAGCCUCGUUAUGGUGAUUUGGACGGAGAAGUCACCAGUCUCACCAUCUACCAUCAGAAUAAGUACCUGGACUGCCAUGGCGGACAUGCCGUUCUGGAGGAUGGCUCAGAUCUGGGUUAUGUAGAGGACGGAACUCCGUGUGGCCCUAACAUGAUGUGUUUAGAGAAGCGCUGUGUUCCAGUCAUGACCUUUAACCUGUCAGUGUGUCCCGGUUCCUCCACCUCACACAUCUGUUCCAAUCAUGGGACAUGCAGUAAUGAGGUGAAGUGUAUCUGUGACUCAGACUACACGGGGAAGGACUGCAGUGUGUAUGACCCGCUUCCUGAUCCACAGCUUCCAGAAGGGUCUGAGAAAUACAAAGGUCCGAGUGGCACAAACAUCAUCAUUGGUUCUUUAGCAGGAGCCAUACUGCUGGCAGCUAUAGUGCUGGGAGGAACAGGCUGGGGCUUCAAGAAUAUCCGGAGAGGAAGGUAUGACCCUGAUGAACAGGCCAUGAUGUGACACAUUUAUUUUAUUGAUUUGAAUUGAAUUUUAGUGUGGUGACCCUUCAUGUGAAGUUUAGACAUUUUCUGCUAUGAGUGUGUGCAGCCUGAGCGCACAUCCUUAGUAACUCCCUGAGCGGCUUUAAAUUCAUCUACUACAUCAUUUAUAUAGUUGAGAUGGAUUAUAAACUGGAGUGAUGUGGAUGUGGGGAAUAAACCAGAAUCCUGCUGUGAGUGAAUUAACAUCCAUCCUCAACCUGUUUCAGUGCAGCUCCAGAUCAUUUACACAUCAUUCUCCGCUUAUAAAGAAAUAUAGUAUUUACAUGUAAUGACACUAUUCUAAGAGAAAAUCAUCUGAAAUAGAUUUUUUAACUGCUGUUUGUUUGUUUUUUUAAAUUGUAAUGACUUUUAUUGAGUUUGUAGAACAUCAUAAUGAUUAAAGUAUGUUAUCCAUAUCCGAGUGCAGGUCACACCUUGUCUGAGUUCUGUCAGCUUAGCCCAUGUUUACAUUAGACCGUAUCAGCGGCUCAUCAGAUUAACGUUUUUAAAACGAUUAGUGUGCACACAGCAACACUAAUACACGAUUUGCGUGCACACAGCAACACCAAUACACGGAUACGCUUGGCUCCGCAGGCAUCCUGUGCUCCAAAUCACUCCGCCCUGAACAGCGAGUGCCCUCUGGAGGGUGCGCACUCCGGCCCUGCGCAGCUCACAGAGCGCGCGAGUGAAGUGCACGAGCAGUGAUUUGGGACUGAGCCGCUGUGUGUGUGAUCCCAGCGCAUAUCACUUACCACUUGCAAGUGGAAAGAUGGCAAGCCUAAAGACAAUCAUAACUACACAAUGGACAGUAUUUGCAUCAGUAUUUGCAGUAUUUUCAUACUUUUAUACUCUUUAAUGAAAGGUGAUACAAGGCGGAAGUCCGCGCCGUUUUUCAGCAGUCGCGUCACAUGACCAACGCCAGCGAAUCAGGAAGGUGGAUGUCACAGUGACGUUGUCCAAUGACGACGCCAGCUAGAGCUCAGCACAGCGUAUCUGCGUAUCUCAAUGUUUACACAGCACCAGAUCAGACACGAUCUGGAUUGAAUACGUGGACGCUGGCGGAUUCCCGUUUCCUGGCGUUUCCAGGCGGUUUAAUGUAAACGGACAGUGCAUCCGCGAAGAAAACGAGACAGAUACGGUCUAAUGUAAACUUGGCCUUAGACAAACAGGAGACUUGAAUUUUUAUUUUUGUUCUCAAUACGACAAGUCAGGAGGGAAUGAUCAUCAGACAUAUUGAGGUGUUUAUAUUUCCACCAUUAAAGAGAAACAUCAUGAAGAUAUUCUGCUCAGGCUCUUAGCUGCUCUGUUAUUUGUAUGAAGCCUCACGUAGUCGUUAAUUAUUCAUGAGUUUUCCCAUUUUUUCUAA